AUGGAUUUUGGCUUCAACAACCACUAUUUCUAUGAUGAUGAUGAUCUAAAGGAGGACUAUUACAGAUGUAUUGCUCCCAGUGAGGAUAUAUGGAAAAAAUUUGAGCUAGUGCCUGGUGGUCAACUAUCUUCUGGAUGCUCUGGGAGUGAUAUUACAGAUUGGGGUACAGAAUGGGAAUCUCCAGUGAAGCUGUCAGGUUUUAGCUCUGUUGUCCUUCUUAAAUACUGUAUGUGGAGUGGAUUCUCCACUAGAGAGAGACUUGAAAAGGUAAUUAAUGAAAGACUUUCAACUGCACCAAAUGCCCACAAAACUGCUCCUGAUUUUGAACAGUCAGCGUCUGGGACUAAUACUCUACAGCAAAAUGUCCCUGCAGUUCUUACACCUGCAGCAGUUCCUGAAAAGGUCCCACACUCCUCAGGAUCAGAGAGCACCAGCGACUCGGAUGAUGAGGAGGAUGAUGAUGAGAUUGAUGUAGUAACAGUGGGGAAGAGGAAAUCUUGUCAUGGUCGUCAGCCUGUGACGAUCACUGUGAGAGCUGAUCCACUGGACACUGUGACCAAACUCUUCCAUAUCUCUAUCCACCAACAACAACAUAACUAUGCUGCCCGUCUUCCUCCAGAACCAAGCCCUCCUUCCCCAAAGCAACCACCACAUUCUCCAAAUGAGGAAGAAUCAAAUGAGGUCAGCUCUCCCUCCUUACCCUGCAGCCUUCCUGUUUCUUCUCCUUCUGGAGGCUCAGACAGUGAUGAUCUUGUCAAACGCAAGAAUCACAACUACAUGGAAUGUAAGAGAAGAAAUGAUCUGCGCUCUCGUUUCCAGGAGUUAAGAGACGAGGUUCCUGGCUUGUCUAAAACUUCAAAGACACCAAAAGUUGUGGUUCUAAGUAAAGCCACAGAGUACUUGGAGGGCCUAGUAAGUGAGGAACAGAGGUUGUUAAAGGAAAAAAUGAAGCUCUGGUCUCGACACCAGCAGCUACUGCGGCGGCUCUCCCAACUUAAGGACCGUUGA